AUGUCUGUCAUGAUUACAGGGAUGUGGGUCGUCGAUGUGGUCAUUGUUAGCACAACCAUGGUGCUGGUCACUAGACUGUCUUACUGUAAAGCCAUAGUUAUUGACAGUUAUUUCUGUGAUCAUUGGCCUUUGUACAGAAUGGCCUGCAAUGCCAAUUCAGCCAAUUCCAUUAUGGCAAAAGUGAAUACAGAACCAUUCCUUCACGUACCAUUAGUUUAUAUAGUCCUGUCUUAUGUGUGUGUUUUACUUACCCUGUAUAAAAAUGGCUAACUGAAGACUUGUAUAUCACACCUUCUAGUUGUAGUUAUUUUAUUUAUUUCAUUUGUAUACAUUGCUGCAUUGACCUACUCUCUUCACCCCAAUGCCAGGAUUAUCGGUUUGGCUCUAGCUUCGGCGAUCCCUCCCAUGCUGAAUCCAGUCAUUUAUUUUUUGAAUGCUGA